AGGACUGAUGUCACCCUCAUCACAUCCCUGUCCCUGUCCCCAUCCCAGCAUCCCACCAGGACCCUCUGCUCCAUCCCUGCUCCCUGCCCUGGCCAGACCCCGGGUCACCAGAGGCGUCCUGGGAGUCACUUUGGGUCACUGGGGUAAUUUUUGGUCCCCCGGGGGUCACCGGGGUCACGGCGGGUGUCCCGGAGGACUCGGAGCAGACAAGACGAGCAGCGCGCGGUGCAGAGCGGCCGGAAGUGGCGCCUCACGUGACCAAACCCGGAAGCGGCAGCGCGGCGGGAGCGGGGGCCAUGAGCGGCGGGGCUGGGGACGGGACCGGGGACGGGAACGGGGCGGAGAGCGGGGCCGAGCGGCGGGUCCGCAUCGUGGUGGAGUAUUGCGAGCCCUGUGGCUUUGAGGCCACGUACCAGGAGCUGGCGAGCGCCGUGCGGGACGAGUACCCCGACAUCGAGAUCGAGUCCCGCCUGGGGGGCACCGGUGCCUUUGAGAUCGAGAUCAACGGGCAGCUGGUCUUCUCCAAGCUGGAGAACGGGGGUUUUCCCUAUGAGAAGGAUCUGAUCGAGGCCAUCCGCAGAGCCCGCAAUGGGGAGCCCCUGGAGAAAAUCACCAACAGCCGCCCCCCCUGCGUCAUCCUGUAGCCCCCCAGGGACAGAGGGGUCCCCCUGCACUGCCCAUUGCUGCCUUCCUUAAAUCCCUGCACAGCUGGGGGGCACCAGGGACAUGGGGGGAGCUCAGGAACCUCCCAUGGUGGCACUGGGAAGGGCAGUGCUGUGGCACUGGGGGUCAUUCUGUCCCCUGCCCAACCUGCUGUGGUGGGUAGCUGGGCCUUGGGGGGGGUGGUCUCACACCUUUGCCUUCCCCCCUCAUCAUCUGCACCUCUCUGGGGGGCACAGGGGGUCCCCAUGGCAACCCCAUUUCUCUGUGCUGGCCUCUCCCCUCCCUCACCCCUAGGAGUUCAGGGGUCUGCCAUGAAUGAGGAGCCAGGCUGGGCAUUGGAUCAGCUCCCAGCAGGCUCAUUCCAAGGGGAAUCCACCGGCUGUAACUUCCCUGGGAUUUGUUAAUGAUUAAAGUCCCUCUGGCACUGUUUAAUCCGGGGUGGGGGCUGGCCAUGGGAACCUCGGUCUGGCCCCAUGGCCAGAGGUGUGUUCACAUCCCCCCCUCCCCAUUCCUGGGCUCCCAGCUCCUUCUUCCUGCCUGGAAUGACCCUGCCCUUGGCCUCGGGGUGGGGAGGCCCCCCUAUUUAUUCUAUACUGUGUAUAAACCCAAGGGCCUGGGGCCUGGGUGGAAUAAAGGAUGGAGAAUGUG